AUGCAGGAAAGUGAGGAAAUGAAAUCAAGGAAGCUGAAUUCAGCAUUGUUCAAGAUCCAGCGGGACUAUCAAUUGAGCCAUGGUGCUAUGUGUGAGGAUAAGACCAUUUCGGGGACAUUAGAAGCAGAGAACAUUUUCAAGAGCCGAUUCCAACAAGAUCUCGUGACAUGUAUGGCUCUUGCAAAUCAAUUGCAUCAGUGCUUUGUGGCUGUUCGAACGACUGCCAAGGACGUGGUAAAGUGCUCCAAAACAAAGCUAGAUGCUCUUGUUGAAUUAAAGCAAUCACAAGCAGGAUUUGAAUUGCAAAAUCAUCUCUACCAAGUGAAUCAAACGCUAGAGCAAAUGGACGAGAACUUGUUGUUGACGCUGAGGAAAGCGCACAAAGCUCUUCAAGACAACAUCCAAAAGAUUGUCGAGGAAUUCAAGAAGAAGAAUCAAGCUGCGUUCCUUCAAAAAAUUGAUCUCAAGCUUGCCAACUACUUUGACAGGAUCUCUCUGGUCCUUUUCCACAGACUGUCAGGCUCCCUGCAGGUCACGUGCCUCCGCCCUGACGACGAAGAGUACAAGCGCUGCUGUGCCGGAGUGAUCGCAGCAGCGAAUCGAUCGUACUUUUCCGGCACUCAGUAUGACCAUUACCGCAUUUCAUGCGUCGUCAAGUUACGUCAUGACAAACAAAAGCAGCAUUUCAACGCACGUAACCAAGAAGGGAAGGUGAAAGGACUUUUCUGCAGUCUGGAGCAGGACGCGAAGAAAUUUGAUCUCGGAGACCCAGCGGAGCACAUGAUGGAUAUGUAUCUACAGCUUGCAGGCUCUGCUUUUACGCCGACACUUCCCAUGACCUUCUCUAGAAUGAGCACACUGAGUGGCGACAAGGCAAGUCUUGUCGAGGAGAACAUCACGAAGUUCGAUGACGAUCCACUGCAAAGGGAAGGAAUAGCUGACGGAGCACUGUCUACGUUUCUCAAGAAGCGUCAGAUCAGAUGUCUUGCGCUGUGUCGUGUAAAUAUUCUAGAAGAUAUAGGAAAGCAAAGUAUGACGAAUUACAUCAGAGAGCUGAUCAAGAUCAAUGCCGAGAUCGAGAUUAACGACCCAUCGAGGAUUCUGCCAGAGUAUCUCAUCUUCUACACUUUGGAGAAGGAGGCCGCAAAAUCUGCAUCCUUACUUGAUGAGCCAACACUGAAUCCGUCGGCCACAAAGGACAGAGUUGUCCUUGCUCCGGGAGGAUUCGGAGAGCAAGACCUUUCUCGGCUCCUAUCGCUCGCUCCCCCUUCGCCAAUCCAACAAGACAACGUCGAGCAGGGAAGUUGCAUCGACGGCAAUGAAGGACACAAGAGACAUGUGCCGGGAGGUGCUGUCGUCUGUGAGUGA